UAUAAUAUAGAGAGAGAAACGCACAUCAUCAUCAUCUAUUACUAUCAUACACCGCUAGAUAAUAUAUAGAGAGAGAGAGACACACAGUUUCCAAUUACCCUAAAAAAGACCUCAUAUAGAGAGGGAUAGAGUCAGAGUCUCUAGAGUAGUAGUGGUAGCAGCAGAGAAUGGUUGAGCCAGUGCGCAUUGCGCACCACUUCAUCCCUUGAAUUGAAACUCACUCACUGCGCUCUCUCACACAUUCUAUAUCUUUCUUCUCUACAAUCGUUCUGAUCGGAGGUGCAACAACUAUGGAUCCUUGUCCUUUCGUGCGCUUGACUGUAGGCAAUCUCGCCCUCAAGAUUCCUGUGGCGUCCAAGCCCGCUCGCUCCGUCGUGCACCCCUCGUCUGCGCCGUGUUUCUGUAAGAUCAAGCUCAAGAACUUCCCUCUCCAGACUUCCGUUGUACCUUGUUUCCCGCCGGAGAGUCAGUUUCCCGACGGCCAGGUUCAGGUCCCGGCGGCGACCUUUCACUUGAGCAAGUUUGAUCUCGAAAAACUCGCCGGAAAGUCUCUCUUCGCCGGGAAGCUUUACCUGAAAAUAUCGAUUUAUACAGGGCGUAGGGGAACUACAUGUGGUGUCAACUCCGGGAGGCUGUUGGGGAAGGUGUUGCUGCCGCUGGAUCUGGCGGGAACGGAAUCUAGGGUUUCUGUGUUCCAGAACGGUUGGAUUGCGGUAGGGAAGGAUGCGAAAGGCUCGAGCGCGCAGUUUCAUAUCAAUGUCAAGGCGGAGCCUGAUCCGAGAUUCGUGUUUCAGUUCGACGGUGAGCCUGAGUGCAGUCCUCAAGUGUUUCAGAUCCAAGGCAACAUUCGCCAACCGGUGUUCACUUGCAAGUUCAGCUUUAGAAGCAACACCGACCGAAAUCAGAGAUCGUUGCAGUCCGAACCGGCCUGUUCAAGGGGGUGGUUGAGUUCGUUCGGAAGCGAGAGAGAGAGGCCAUUAAAGGAGCGAAAAGGUUGGUCAAUAAUAGUCCACGACCUCUCCGGUUCACCAGUCGCGGCAGCUUCAAUGGUAACCCCAUUCGUAGCCUCACCCGGUUCAGACCGGGUCAGCCGGUCCAACCCAGGCUGCUGGCUUAUCCUCCGCCCAAGCGACAACACCUGGAAGCCCUGGGGCCGUCUCGAAGCCUGGCGGGAGCGCGGCGCCAACGACGGCCUUGGCUACCGCUUCGAGCUCGUCCAGGACGGCGCCGCCGCCGGAAUCGUCCUCGCCGAAUCAACCCUGAGCUCCAGUAAAGGCGGCAAGAUGGUCAUUGACCUCGGCGGCGGCGCGGCUUCGUCGUCGCCGGCGGGGAGCCCCAAGGGAAGUGGGGACUUCGGGUACGGGCUGUGGCCGUACUGCAUGUACAGAGGGUUCGUGAUGGCGGCUAACGUGGAAGGGGAGGGAAGCAAGUGCAGUAAACCCACGGUGGAAGUUAGUGUGCAGCACGUGAACUGCACAGAAGAUGCGGCCGCAUUCGUGGCAUUGUCAGCGGCCGUUGAUCUUAGCAUGGACGCUUGCAGGCUUUUCUCUCAAAAGCUUCGGAAAGAACUGUGCCAAGCCACAUGAUCUUCUCAGCAGAUGAUUCGGAUUUGCCUGUCAUUUUUUUACUAAAAUUGCUCCCUUUUUUUUUUUUUACUUUGGUUUUGGUUUUGGUUUUGGUUUUGGUUUUGGUUUGGCGUUGUGGUCGAUGAUGGAUUUUGAUUUCCGUCGUCACCGUGAUGUGGGGGAUUAGUACUAACGAGUUUUAUAUUUUUUGUACAGAGAGAGAGAUGGCGGGGUGGGGUUAGGCGGGGGCACGCUUUGUUUUUUUAAGUUGUGUGGCUCGUGUAAUUUUUACCAUUUCUUUUUGGAGAUUUGGGUUUUCUUUUUAAUGAUGUUUUGUUUGCAAAGCUGAGUCGGAACUGAGUUUAGAAUUAAAAAUAGUUAGGAUUGUAGUGCUGUGCAUUUCUUGAUUUGUUUCUUUUCUCAACUUUUUCCUUUUUUGUGCCAAAGUUGCUUUGUAUUUUAUGGCUUUGCCCAUGAAUGACGACUUUAAGGAUUA